GAUAUAUGCCCCAACUGUGCUUGUAAGAUUCCAUCAGACUGCUGCUGCGCGCGUGUGUGGUUCUUGUUUGGCACAUGCCUCGUAAGGUUUCAUAAGGAGAAUAUUUUGACAACGAUGCGUUACAGGUCGAUCGAAAAGAUCUUUGCCUUAAUUGUGCUGCUUUCGAGUGGCGUGUACAUUUACAAUGUAAGGGUGAUGAGCAGACGCUGCAAUGCAGGAAUUCUCAGGUGCAAUUUCGCGCUGUGGCUGAAGGAGAAGACCCUCUUCUACGAACGGAUCCAGCGAAGCCACGCGGACGUGAUGUCGCUCGACGCCACCGUGGCGACGGCGGCGGGGACGACGGCAGGGACGACAAGGGCCGGGACGACGGCAGGGACGACGAGGGCCGGGACGACGAGGGCCGGGACGACGGCGAGGGCGGCAGGAACGAGGGCGAGGGCGGCAGGGAUGAGGGCCGGCGGCUCCCUGCCCUGGGAUCCCGACCUCAGGGAGGACGAGAAGCUGGCGGCGAAGGAGUGGCUGCUGGCGAGGAAAAAAUACAACAUCAGCUUCGACAAGGAUGACGAUUACUUUCGUGAGAGCAACGCGCUAGCGGACAACUGCUCCGCGAGUCUGCGCAGGGUGGUGGGCAGGAAGCCACUCCUGCAACGUGUGUUUGAUUUCAACGUCCCGGUCCUGCUGCGCAAGGGACACUUCAGCCCAGAGGAGUUUGAUCGCCUUUCAAAGUACCGCACUCCGUACGGCUGGAAGGGAAUGAACAUGAGUGAUGUUGAAGACGCUGUGGACAUGCUGAGCCACCCGGAGUGCCGGGAGAUGUUUACCCACCGCCUGCAGGAUGGUGGCGGCGGCGGCGGCGGAGGACGCGACGCCGAGAAGUGCGUUCGCUGCGCCGUUGUCGGGAACGGAGGGAUCCUCAACGGGUCCAUGAUGGGAGAGGAAAUCGAUUCCCACGACUACGUGUUCAGGGUAAACGGGGCGAUCACGGCGGGCUUCGAGCGAGAUGUUGGCAAUCGGACAUCCUUCUACUUUUUUUCAACCAAUACCAUGAAAAAUUCCAUGAGAGCAUACAGAAAGUUUGGGUUCGUGCACCCUCCCUGGUCUAAGGAAACACGAUAUGUGUUCGUUCCUUGCGGCCAUCAGGACUACUACAUGGUGACCGCUGCCUUCCGACGUGCCCUGGUCAACAAAGGGCCGGAUAAAAAGGAUAAACCCUGGAAAUACUUUGGAAGUGACGAUGUCGACAGGAAAUUCAAAAUGCUGCAUCCGGAUUUCUUGCGAUACCUGAAAAAUAAUUUUUUGCCUUCGACGCGUCUUCAAUCAAAGUUUAAAGACAUCUAUAGGCCAAGCACAGGCGGCAUAGCCCUGCUCACAGCUCUGCACACCUGUGACCAGGUUUCCGCCUAUGGGUUCAUAACCAGCACCUACAAGCACUUCCCCGACCAUUACUAUGACCAAAAGCAGAAGCUCGUUUUCUAUGCCAACCAUGACCUAAACUUUGAGAGGAUACUUUGGAAGAUGCUCCGGAAAUCACAAGUCAUGACCCUUUUUCAAGGAAAACCUCCAAAGAAGUUCUAGUAGAUUUUUUAAGUCGUAGUUUUAUGGUGUAAUGGCUAUAUCGAAUUCAUAUUUUUAUUGUCGCAGUCCAAUAAAUGUCGUGGCAAAACGGUCGCGAUAUUGGAGUGACCUUCCUGCUUGAAUUUUGCUGGGCCUUGCUGCUAGGCCUGUGCCUGUUUGGUAUGAAAUGUACUGUGGGUUAUUCGAAACACCACCUCAUCAGAUCGCGUGGUCAGUUUAUACUCAGGUGACAGGCAAAGGGCAGUCGUUUCAUUCACAUGUAUGAUAAGGACUUCGGAGUUGAUGAUGCGACAAAUGUCAAUAGGAUUAUAGAAUUAUUGAAUGUUGUGAUUAUUUUACAUGUACCGGGCCCAUUAGCUUUGCUGUAGUUUGCUUUGCAAAUGUGACUAAUCGUGGUGGUCUCUUGAGGUAUCGCCUCGUUAAAUAAAAACUCUUUGCAACUGGACUCUCACACACACACAGCCAAACCAUAUUACCACAGACACACGUCCCGUGUACAGACAGGGCUGCUGUUCAGGCAUGUGUUGUGGCGAGCAUAUUAAGAAUUGAAUGCCCAGCAACCUCGGUGCAAAUGCUUAUUUGCACAUUUUAAAGAUUUUACGAUGGUGCAAAAUAAUAGCACAGGGGAAGUUUGAAUUCCCUUGUGAUCUUGCUGGGACUCCGGAGAUGCUUCUAGCGUGGCACCUCGACGCAGCUUCGACGCCAAUCGCUGCCCCGUGCAUUCCUCUAUCUCAAAUACAUAUAUAUUAAGUUCGUUUUUACUCUUGGACAUGUUUAACAGAUAUACAGUGCAGUUCUGUGUUUAAAAAAAAAUCCGAGUGUAAUGAUUUCAUUUUUAUUGACAAAUUUGCUGACAAAUUGUUGGCACAUAUUUAAUAUACAUAUUAAAACAAUAUUCGCAUUAAUAUACAUUUCUUAACUAACACGAUUGUGUUUGUUUUCGCUUCAGCAAUGUCACAUUUUUAGGAAUAAUUCAUGCUUGAAUGUUCUCAUAACAAAUCUUUGACGACAUGUUUUGAUCUAGGAGAGAAUAAAAGCAGAUUUUGAUACCAAUUGCCUUGUGAUGUUCUCCAUGGCCAGCAAUACAAACUCAUGUUCCUGGUUGGGCAGAUCAGCAGUGAAUCAAUGCACACAGAUGC